AGUUGCUGGGUGGCGCGCAGGUUGAUCGCAUAUGUUUCUAAUUUAUACAGUUUUAUCUAAGAAACAUUCGCUUUAUCGCACUAAGACCGACUAACCAAAGAAUUUAGAAAACUCAAACGGACUAUUUAAUACACUUUUCUUACAAGAAGUUUUUUCUGUUUUGACAAAAUUUUAUAACUGGUUCAUUACGCCAUUCAAAAUGUCGGAAAAGAUUGAAAUGAAAAAAAAAGGAUAUAAAGAACCAGCUUUCGACUCAAAAGAUAUUGGAGAUUGCAUUCAAGUUAGAGUGAUAGUACCGAAUUAUAGAUAUGAUUCUAGAACUUGCUGUAAGCUAAAAGGAACAAAAUGCCCAAACGCAAUUUCACGUCUAACUUUCCCAAAUGAAAGGUCAUUCAAACUAACAAUAGACCCGUACGAAGAAUCAUCGUCUCCCUUAGACAGCAGAUAUCAAUUGGAAAUUCUUAAAUUAUUUGAUUUCAUUGUACCAGAUCCAGAUCUUAUCGAUAAAGAACAAGACGGAGUUAUAAUACUACGUUUGAAGAAACUAAAUGGGCAUCUUUGCUGGAAAGAUUCACUAAAAGACGGCUUAGAAACAGAGGAUCCAGAAUUAAUGACAGAAUUGAAAUAA